CAUACCUUUGGUCUUCCCCGAGGAAGACUGUGUUUUGGCCGUUCUUGUUGUAAAAUUUCUUUACUGUUUUUUUGGUUCAUAAUUCACAGGAGGGCAAACUUAGCAUACUAAUAAUGUGGUGGAACAAAAAUAUUACUACGUCAAAACUGGAGGUCAAGCGCUAAUUUAAUUCUUCACUGUUUCGAAAAGUACAAAGCUUUGUGGGACUCAAAUCCGAGCCUGACCUGAAUCGUGCGCCAUAAGGUUUGAGAAAGCUCCCGUGAAAGGAGUUGCUUGAGAGAAUCGGACGCGAGACCGCAAAACCCUUAAAACUUAUCGGAAUUUAUGAAGGGAACUCGCGGCGAUGUAAUAUGACUUUCUUUUAAUGCUCAAGUCUCUGACGACAAAAUGAAAAGGAACUCCGCGCCUCUCGUCAUGUGAGCUAUUCAAACCCUGCGGUCACGAAGAUGACGGGCGCCUCCGGUAAGGAUAUGUCAGCGUUUGACUUCGAUUUCAACGAUUGCCCAGUAAAUUGGGGGAGAAAUGGUUCCUUCCGUGACAAGAACCCCAGAAACCCUAACAAGACAGUUACUAAGGAUGACUUCAUGAGAUGCUUUUCCAGAAAAAGUAGUAUACAUCUGAUGGAGACAAAUGAUGAGCUUAAUUCAGAAUAUGUGUGUUACCAACAAGGAGAAAUAACAGAAAGCAAUGCUGAUGACCACACUGAAAGUCUAGCAGAUUAUAGAGGUCUCGAUGAAGAUGCACCAGUUAACAAUGAUGAAGGGAAGCAAAUGACUAGUAGCACUCAUGAUCAUUCAGGAGAAGAGCAAGUUGACUUAAUUUCAGAGGAUGAAGGUCAUUCUGAAAGGAGGUUUUGCACAUCAAAUGCCAUGUCUGAAGCCUCAGAUGAUGAAGGUGCCUCAGAACACUCAUAUGAAGAUACCUCUCACAAUUCGGAUGAAUAUGAAAAUACGGGAAGUGAAGAUAUGGAGAUUUAUAUUAAUCCAGAGUUUGGUCUCUUUGGAGAUGUUACUUUCUUGGCACCCCGGUUAAUAUUUUCAGCAGAAGGGAUCAAACUUGAGAUUGUUGACCAUAAAUCGUCUUUGGAUGAGGUCAAUGCUUUUCAAUGGAACAUAUUUGAUGUAGAAUAUCUGAAGACUUACUGGCUUUCUGGAGUCAAUGUUGCUGUGGCAAUCCUUGAUCUUAAAAAGGGCUGCAAUAAUGAACUGGAGACAUUCUUCAGAGUGACUGGUACGUCUGUGUUGUUUGCAUUUAAUGACGCAAGUUGGCUUGAACAAUUCCAACACAUUGUGUCCCUAAAUGAUGCAUAUGGUGCUAUUUGGAAAUCUCUGGACGGGAGCAUAUUUCGGAAUGAGGACAUUAUAUUUGAAUUACUUCCCAGAAAUCUUUCUUUUGCUAUUGAAGAUCAGGAUUUUGGAAGGUUUGAGGAAACGUUUUGUGAAUUUGUUUUCCCUAAAGGAGAUCCAGAUGCUGUUGCAAUUAGUGGAAGAGACAUUGUGCUUCUACAACCAGAAACAUUCAUCAAUGACACAUUAAUAGAUUUUUAUAUCAAGUAUCUGCAGUCUACAAUCUCUUAUGAAAAGAGAGAUGCUUGUCACUUCUUUAACAGCUUUUUUUUUCGUAAGCUAGCUGAUUUGGAUAAGGCUCCAGAUACUGAGGUAGUGAACCGACAGGCUUUCCAGCGUGUAAGAAAAUGGACUCGAAGAGUGAACUUGUUUGAGAAGGAUUAUAUUUUUAUACCUGUAAAUUACAGCUUACAUUGGAGUUUGAUUGUUAUUUGCAAUCCUGGGGCAGUUCUGGAAGAUGAAAAUCAUUCAAAAACACCAUGCAUAUUACACAUGGACUCACUUGGGAGCCACACAAGUCUCAGAAAGCUCAUCCAAAGUUACUUGUGGGAGGAAUGGCGUGAGAGACAUAUGGAGGAUGAAGCAAUGUUCAAUACUGCUCAUGAAAGAUUUUCAAAUAUGACAUUCAUUUCUGUAGAGGCACCUCAGCAAGAUAAUUGCUUUGAUUGUGGGCUUUUUCUGCUCCAUUAUGUUGAAAUGUUUCUAAGAGAUGCUCCAGCAAAGUUUAACCUUUUGGAAUUGAAGAGAAAAGUUUCCAAAUUUCUUAGCAGGGAUUGGUUUUUACCAGCCGAGGCUUCUUUGUUAAAGCGUUUCUAUAUAAGAAAGCUCAUCCACCAAUUAUCUAAACAAUACUCUGGCAUUGGCUCCAUACCAGGCUAUGGGGCAAAUCAUCAGCUUUAUGAGCAAGGACAAAGAGAUACAGGGACAAGUCAGGAAGUAGAAUGUGUUUUGGAAGAGUGUGUACCUAACCAAGCAUGUACUGAAAGUCUUCUGUUUGGUAAAGUAAAUGAACUUUCUCUAGGUCAUACAGAUGCAGAUGCUCAAACACUUUUAUGCCGGGCAGGUAAAACCACAACUGCGGAUAGUUUUGAGAAAGAUUUUGGGCUUGUUUGUGCUGAAUAUGGUGGAAUUGAAACAGAUAAUCACAUUGGUAAUGAAGAACAGUUUGGGUCAUUCCACUGUGAUAUCUUAUCACAACAGUUGAAAUCUACUCAGGAUAUGCCUCCUGAAAGCGGCACAAAUCAAUUAUCUUCUGACUUACUUUAUCAGUUUGUAACCAGUGACCAUGGACAAAGUGACAAAGAAACUGCAUAUUUUUCUGUACCUCCAGCAGUCCCGUCAGGAAUUCAGCGUGGUCUGAUGAAUAAUCAACACAGUCCCAAUACUAACCAGUUAGUUGAUAAUAACAAGGAACAUCCAGGAAGUUCUUCCAAGGGAUUUCUUUGCAAAGAGGGAUCAGAAUUCACAAGCUUGCCGACUGCGUCAGAGUCACCAUCUCAUAUCGGAAUAUGUACAGAGUCGAAUUAUGACACAAGACCAAGGAAGAAACUGAAGGCUCUGGAUGACACUGUAAUGCAUUCGGAAGAAAUUGAAAAAUCUACAACUAUAAUGCCUGAUGAAGAACUUGAAAAGUGUGCAAAUGAAAUGGACCUGAAGAAUGCUGAGGAGAUGAGCAUUUCAGUAGAGCCAAGAUUAGACUCUUAUAGUUUACUACUUGAGAAUAUGAUGGCUAGAGAUUCUGGAAACAAUGCAUCACACAAGGAUAUUGUGCUGAGUUUAGAGAAAGAAAAACCAGGAAAUACAAAGUUGCUCUCUUCUGACAAUGAUAAGAGUACAUUGUGGAAGCAGAUAUCAAAAUCUUUAUCAGAAGAGAAUUUUGAUUUGCAAAAUCUUGCAGAUGUGAGUAAUUGUGAGACAGUUGCUAGGAGUUGUGAAGAUCCUGGAAAGAGCAUCAAUAUCUCUUCUGUGCCUGUCCAAGCCGACCGACAGUCUCCUGACCAUGAUUAUGAUGCUGAUUUCACAUCACUAGAUAAAUGUAAACCUUCCUCAUCUAUGGAGGAUUGUGCCAGAUCUGCUGGCAACAUGCCAGAAAAUAGCGUUAUGGUGGUCAAUGAUCAGAAAUGUGAUGAUUCUGUCAGCAAGCCAAUUGAGAAUUUAAAUAAACUUGCAGACUCUAAUGAAAUAACUGAAAAUGUAGAUAAGUCUAUCAUUCUGGAAGAUAAAACAGAAAAUGAAGAUGUACAUACUGUAGUUGAUGAUUAUAAAUGUACAAAUAGUGUCAGCAGUACAAAUGAAAUAAAUGUUAAAUAUGUUGGUACGGAAGGGAGGCUCGAGUCUCCCCCAGAGUCUAUGCACAGUCCAAUCAUGACUCCUCAAAAUAAACAGAAGUUUCCUUUAGAGGGCUCUGCUGAAUGUUUAUCUUCUGAUUUCUCUUCUCCACCUCCAGAGUCAAUCAUAUCAAGAACUAGAAGUCAGAGAACACCAUCUACAGUAGCAAAGGGAAGAAAUCUUAAUGGUGUUAAAGGGUCUCCACAAGUCCUAGAACGCCCCAGAACUAGAAGUGUUACUAAGAACAUGAAUUCUUCAAACUCUGUUAGGGAAAAUCGAAGAAGAAAGUUGAGUAAUUCUAACUAUUGAAAGGGAGUUCCACUUUUCAAAUGUUUUGAUCACUCUUGUCAUUGUAACUAUAAUUUCAUUGUGCUAAUGAUUGAGAUCAUUUGGUAUGUCACUUUUUUGGACUAUAAGAUGUCUUGUGAUAUAUUGAAGAGAAAUGGAGGAAUGUCUGUACAGAUAACGGUCACAGAUCUUUCUCUCAAACAGGUUUGUACUAUGUGCAUCCUUCUCGUGCCUACAACUUUUGGACUUGUAUUCAGGCUUUAACAACUUCCAUUUUUUGCAUUUC